GGAGAGGGGUGUGAGUUGCAGCCGCUGGCUCUCCGAGCUCUGCCGCCUGCUUGCGGCCGCGUCCUCCCAGAGGCUGCUGCCGAGGCCGCGAGAGUCGCGGCGGUCUCUGCCUCAUUGUGUGCCCUGCUGACCUUCGCCCUUGGUGCUCCCGGCGGCCGCGCUCACGCAUGGUGAACUAAGUACCUGGCUGGCCCCGCUUUCUGCUGAAAGCAUCCUGAAGUGCCAGAUAAAAUCAUUGUAAAUGCAUCCAUGUUCUGGCCAAAAGUAAAGAACCUAGGCCAAACGCCUAAGUGGAAAUCCUUGAAGUAAACUGCAGUCUGAAGCUGGCCAUUCCCCUGGGACCUAUAAGAGUAAAUGGGUCCAGUAAUUGGAAUGACUCCAGAUAAAAGAGCUGAAACUCCAGGAGCUGAGAAGGUAGCAGGACUGAGCCAGAUUUACACAAUGGGAAGCUUACCUGAAGCUGCUGACGCCGCCAGGCCAGAGGCUGCGCUUGUGGGCAAUGAGUCAGCAGAUGAUGAGCUGACGAGCUUGAACUGGCUUCACGAAAGUACCAAUCUGCUUACAAACUUCAGCCUGGGCGGUGAGGGCCUUCCGGGGCUGAGCCCCCUGUAUGACAUCGAGGGUGGGGUUGUGCCAUCCCACAGACCACCCUGCCACCAGAACCCAGACAACAAAGCAACCUCCUCAAAACCGCCAUAUUCCUUUAGCCUUCUCAUUUAUAUGGCUAUUGAACACUCUCCAAAUAAAUGUUUGCCUGUCAAAGAAAUUUAUAGCUGGAUUCUGGACCGCUUCCCAUAUUUUGCUACUGCGCCAACGGGAUGGAAGAAUUCUGUUCGUCAUAAUCUGUCCCUGAAUAAAUGUUUUCAGAAAGUGGAACGAAGCCAUGGCAAGGUUAAUGGAAAAGGUUCUUUGUGGUGUGUUGAUCCAGAAUAUAAACCCAAUCUUAUGCAGGCACUGAAGAAGCAGCCUUUUUCCUCUCCACAAAGUGGUUCUUUAUCACCUCACUACUUAAACUCUGUUCUCAAGCAGGACCAGGUACAAACCCUCAAAGAAUCUGAUAUUGAUGCUGCCACUGCAAUGAUACUUUUAAAUACUUCUAUAGAACAAGGGAUUUUAGAAUGUGAGAAGCCUCUUCCUCUGAAAACAUCCCCACAGACAAAGCGGAGCUACGGCCUCGCCUUCAGUCAUCCCAGUGCUGGAUGCUUGCAGGAGAGCAGCUCCCUAGCCACCAGCACUGACCCGAAGGAAGAUCACAACUACAGUGCCAGUGGCUCAGGGGUGCCGCGGUGCGCCUCCAGGUUGCGCGUGUCCUCCCUGUCCUCUGUCGAUGAGGUGUACGAGUUCAUCCCGAAGAGUAGCCACACAGGCAGUGACGGCAGUGAAGGCUUUCGCAGUGAAGAAGACACGGACGGUGACUAUGACGAGGACCCUCUUGGAGACAGUGGCUAUGUGGCACAGGCCUGUGCAGACCUCGCCCGCGAAGGGCAGCUGGGCAAAAAGAUGCGGAAACAGUCCUGUCAGGAGAUUGAUGAGGAGCUCAGAGAGGCAGCUGGGUCUCUGCUGCACCUUGCUGGAAUCCGUACGUGCCUCAGCUCCCUCAUAGGUACUGCAGUAAUGCAAAGUCAGAAGCAGUGGAAAAAAUAGGAGUACUGGUUAGUGUGAAGUUAUUUAGGGUGUGGCAGUGCUCUUCUGCUUAUCCCUCCCAAGGGAGACCAAAGCCAUAAUGGACUUUCUCAGUUUUUCGGGUGGGGGAAGGGUGCCAAGUACUUGACUCUCUUAAAACAUUUUGGUAACUUUUUUAAAAUAUUUUUUUUAUUGAACAAUUGCUGUUAGGAUCAUGCCCAAUCAUAAAUAUGUGAUAUAAAAGCCUAAAAGCAUAGCUUUUACGGUGUCUCCAACAUUUGGAAAUGUUUAACAUAAGAAAAUCCCCAGUCUCUCUUAAAGGAAAAAUCUCUUAUUCUGUUAAUACAUCAAAAUGAAAGAUUUGGUAACUCUCUUUUUUUGUUUUCCUUUCUAUUCUGUAAUUAACUGUACUUGCUGAUCCAGGUAAAAAAUUUACUGAUAAUCUUUCCCAUAUAUUCCUCUCCUGACAGUCUAGUAGGAUUCCAUGGAUUUUUUUGUCUUUUUUAUUUUAAAUUAUUUUUGCUGCAGCAUGAGCAAUGUCCAGUACAAAUUGGAAGACAUCCUAGAUGUCUAGGAAGUUCCUUUUGGUUAACGUAAGUAAAAAAUACAACAAAAAGUUCUAAGAUUUAGAAAAAGUAGUUUUGGAGUAUGAUUUCAUCUCAGUACUCUAAUUGCUAUUAUGAUAUAGAAGUCUCUAUGAAAUACUUUUAUUUAACAGAUACUGCAUAGCAUUCAUUGGGCCCCUUUUACUGCUUCCCAAAGUGCUUUGCAACCUUUAGUUAAAUUUUAGCCACUCACUGUCUUUGUUGAAUAGGAAUUAUCCAACAAGAGGAUAUAGCCAUAGAGUGGGUAAUGGAGUCAUAUCCAUGUUGGCAUAGUUUUGCAAUAAGAAGACCUUUAAGUUGCUUUCUAAAUACACUGCAUUCGGAGAGUCUUAUAGUAGGAAUGGAGUGUAAUAAAACAUUUUCAGUAAUUACUACUUAUGUUAUCAUUAGCUAAGAUAGGUGAUUUAGGAAAAAAUUUCCUUCCAAUUUUUGUAUGAGUUAUAAUAGCUGAAUUAACUUUUAAAAGAUGUAAUGAAACUGUAGAGAAAAAAAUACCUUCAGGGAUUUAAAACUCAUACAAAAUUAGCCCUUAUACAGUACUCCUCAAGGAGGCAGUGUAAUGCUCCUGUGUGCCAUUAAUCCAUGCCGAAAGAUUUUAUAGUAUUCCAGAAGUGCACUAAGAUAUUUUAAGUAUUUGAACAAAGUCUGCUUGUGUGAGAUAGUUUUUCAUAUAAUUUACGUAGUCCCACUGUGGUAUUCAGAAAACAGCAAGGGACACUGAUGCUGAAGUGCACUGUCCGCGCGCACGCGUAGGUCCUUUGCCGGAGUGGAGCAGCUCUCCAGAAGCAUCUUGUCUGCUGGUGCAUCCUGUGUCACACAUACACAGUGAGCGUCUCUUCAUCUUUCUCACGAUUUAUAUCUGUACACGUACAGUGCCAGGCUCGUAUUAAUUUCCUGCUUUCAGCUGUUUUUAUGACAAAACAUUUUCAUGAAUUUUUAAAGAGAUGGCUUAUUUUAGCUCUAGGCAAAACUGUCAAAAAUAAUUACAAAAGCAUCUUAUUUCCUUCAAUAAGACUUUAAGCCAAGGAUAACAACAUUGAGGUUUUCUAUUCUUUUUAUGUUAAUUUUAGUUCAAUCUGGAUGGCCAUGUUAAUAAAAUUGGUGCUGUUGAAAUAUAAUAGUUUUUAAUUGUUGAUAAUGUAGGGUGAGGUAUAAGAAAAUUUUCAUUAUAAAUGUCCUUUCUGCAGAAAAUGACUAAUUCAGACUUUUACUAUAAUCAAUAAAAGAUAAAAUUUAUUUGCCACACCGUGAAUAGUAAAUAAAUUACAAAUAAUUUAAUAACAAUAUUUGAAAGUAAGUUGCUGUGUCCCCCGCCCCCCCACGCAGAGCAGUGGCGCCCUGCUUCCCCUGUGCUCGCCCUGCAGCCUUGGGCACCAGAGCUCCUCCUGUCUGCCCUGGGUGCCACUUACGCGUCAGGGCCAUGGUCUAAGACAGCAGAGGAGGACUCGCUCUCGGCUCAAACAGGGUUGUGGCUCAGUAUACAUAAAAACACCUGCAGUAAGUUCUUUGCUUUGUUCCUCCCUCUUCAGGUGCUUUUCCCACAAAUUGAAAUGCAUAAGCUACAUUUGUCACUUGUGAGGCAGUUCAACUGUUGUGCACUAAAAGCUGAGAGAAGUUACACAGUAUUUUACCCGAGUUUUGUACAGGGUUCAGUACAUCACUUUUCAUUUGUUAGUAUACUAUGGUGGUUAUUUUCAAGAGGAAGAAUCAGAUUUUAAUUACAGUACUCUUAGGACUUCAUUGAGAUGCUGACCUGAUUCUUCAGUUGCAUUGGGGUGCACACGUGGCUCCCCCCGCCCCCAGGGGGCCAGCCUAAGGCUUGCUGACUGGGAAUCAUAUGCCCAGUCACUAAUAAAUUUUGCUGUCAUGAGAACAACUUAGGUUAGAGGGAUUACAUAUUUUUUAACUUAUUUUAAAAUUGUGACUUAAACUAAUGUAACUUGCCUUACAUCAAAAAUUAUACAAAUUUUGUUGCAACCAAUACCAAUUUAUAAUAGAUUUCUAGUAAAAAUUUGGUCUUGGCACAAUUAACCUUAAUCUUUCCCAUCCUAGGUAGAAUCAGUGUUUCUUGAAUAUGUGUAUUUUUGGAAUUUAUUUGUGCAAUAUAUUACCAAAUUAGCUAAUAUAUUACUUUUCAGAUUCAGAGAACAAAAACAUCCAUAUUCAUGGAAAAGCUAACUAUUGGUGGAUCGCCUCCCUUUUUCUACCUUUGAGCUUUUCCUGUCCUGACCGCCAGUGCGACUUCUCUUAACUUAGAGUGCCUAGAGAUUGUAAAGUUUGGUGUAUAAAUGUAUCUCUUUUGCUACUUUCUGAGGCAUUAUGUAAAAGGUUCAUACUAGAUAAUUAAAUGUACAUUAGCAUUACUCAAAGCUAGAGAGAGUGUUGAGGAGGGGGUGUGUCAGUCGGCUCACCAGGAGGCCCUUCCCAAAAGUUUAAGCAACAGAGUAGUACCAGAUGUGAGUAUUGUACAAAGCUAUGAAAAGCUGUCUUAACUGCUCUAGUAACUUGACACCCUUUUGUUGGGGGGACUGUAGUAUUUAAGAAACUUUUGAGACUUUCUGGUUUACAUAUACUUUAUAGUUUUUAUUAGUUUUAAAUGUGUAAGCUUUGAUUUAAGGUUUACUUCAAUGUUAAUGAUGUAGUCAAGAUAUUUAUUGAAAGGCAAAAAUAAUAGAGUAUUUUAAUAUUAUACCUGCCAUUUUUUCCUUUACAUCUAACUGCCAGUGCCAUUGUUAAAACUUGGUUUUAAAAUUGUACAUUUUAUUAAACUGCUUAAUUUUCAAGUAUUAUGUUCCCAUCAUAUAGUGUAUAAAAAUGUAUAAUUGCCAAUUCAUUAUAACUUAUUUAUUUUUAAAUGAAAGUAUAAGAAUGCUUUCUGACUGAAGAAACUUGUUGACCUGUUUCUUUUCAGUGUAAUGUAGAGCCUGUCCUGGUCUGGGUUGUAACUGCCAUAGACGACAGUCACAGUGAGCCACUUCUCAGUCGCCAGUCUUUGCUCAUAUUAAAAACAACUUACGAAUGUUUAGUUUUUGUAUCUAAUCUCUGAUUAUUAAAAUGUUUAUAAAGUUUAUUUUUACCAAAGAGAUACAAUUCAUUAUGAUAAAGUAUUGCAGAAUAAACUUCAUUUUAUAACA